CGUCUCUCCCUGUUUCUCUCUCAGUCCUGCAGUGUGCCACCGUCAUCGGCUUUUUUUAUUGGGCUGCGGGGGUACAACAGCAGCACAAAAAAUACCACGGUUCCCAAGUCUACGUCACCUUCGCCGUCAGCUUCUACCUGGUGGCGGGCCCCGGGGGAGCCUCCAUCCUCGCCACCGCCGCCAACCUCCUGCGGCACUACCCCACCGAGGAGGAGGAGCAAGCCCUGGAGCUCCUCUCUGAGAUGGAGGAGAACGAACCCUACCCGGCCGAAUACGAGGUGAUCAACCAAUUCCAGCCCCCACCGGCGUACACCCCCUGA